AUGGACUCCCAACCUGUUGAUGUACAUGGUACAGACUUCUACGAUUUUGGCAAGUUGGUGGAUGCAAACCUAUUUGCAGCUGAUCAGAUCUGGGCAGUUUAUGAUGACGUGGAUGGCAUGCCAAGGCUUUAUGCUAGUAGAAUAAAACAUUCAGAUGCCCUCGAUUUCAAAGUUCAUCUCACCUGGCUGGAUCACGUUGCAGCAAAUGAAGCUGAGGAUAGAUGGACCGAUGAAGAACUGCCGGUUGCUUGUGGAAGCUUUGGCUUAAGAGAAACAGAGAUAUCACAGCUCAGAUUCAUUUUUUCGCAUAUUGUUCAACUGACAAAAGGCAAAAGAAGAAGCAACUACGAAGUAUAUCCUAGCAAGGGUGAAGUAUGGGCCCUUUAUAAGGGUUGGAGCAUGCAGUGGGCAUCAGAUGCAGGUAACCAUAGAUCCUAUGAAUAUGAAGUCGUCCAAGUCCUGUCAGAUUUCUCAUUUCGUGCUGGCGUCACCGUUGUCCCGUUGGUCAGGGUCAAAGGCUUUAGCAGUUUGUUUGCGACAGCUAAGGAUGAGCCCGAAAUUGUGAUAGCAUCAAGUGAUCUGCUUCGAUUUUCUCACAGAGUCCCUUUUUAUAGCACAGAUGGUCAUGAGAAAGUGGAUGUCCCGAGAGGUUUUCUGGAACUCGACCCUGCAUGUCUCCCCACGGACCUGGAUGCAGCAUUUCCCCCAAUUAGUCUCGACUCUUGCAUGUCUCCUGGCAAGAAAGAAAACGGCACAUCCAUUGCUUCUAGCGCUGGCAGUACAAGCAGCAAAGGAAAACAUGAAGAUAGUUCGUCCGAGCAGAACGCAUCCUUGCUGAAAAAUUGUCCCUCCAAGGGUAUUUUUACCUUUCCUGAUUCAGAAUUCCAUGACUUCGAAGGAUGCCAUUCACCUGAGAAAUUUGAACAUGGACAAAUAUGGUCAAUAUGCAGCGGUGCUGACAGCUUCCCCAAGUUCUAUGGCUGGAUAAGCAAAAUCGAGCUGGGACCUUUCAAAGUGUGUUUGACCUGGCUAGAAGCUUGUCCUAAAGUGGAGCAGGAGAAACAGUGGUUGGAGCAGGGUAUACCUGUCAGCUGCGGUAAGUUGAAAGUUCGAAACUGGAGAACCAAUUACGAAACAACCAAUACCUUCUCUCAUUUGGUGUACAAGGUACACGACCCAAAGCGGGAGAUUGAAAUUCUUCCGAAGGUCGGUGAGAUCUGGGCCAUCUACAAAAACUGGUCACCUGAUUGGGUUCCUCCGGGGACGAACGAUCUUGAUGAGUAUAGCAUUGGGGAGAUUGUCAGGUGCACCAAAACUAAAGUCGAAGGCUAUAUCGCUGUGUUUAAGCCCGCCAUCGGAACUAAUGUAGUGAAGAUACCUGUGGAAGAUAAGAUGAGGUUUUCUCACAGAAUUCCCUCUUUCCGUUUGCAAGAAGAGGAAGGUGGUCAGCUCUAUGGCUUCCACGAGCUCGAUCCUGCCUCUGUUCCUGAAGUUUCUCUACAGCAGGACGCCCCCUUGAAUCGUGCCGGCUAA